AUGAUGAAUAAUAAAACAAUGAUUUCUGUUAAUAAUACUAUUGAUUCCCCUGCUAAUUUUAUUAAAAUAAAUAAAUCUUUUUUAGAUUCCAAUAAAUUGAACAACUAUACUUACAUAGAAGUUUUACUUUCACUUAAUAUAAGAAUACCCCAUUUAUGUUACCAUAAUCAAUUACCUGUUUCUGGUAACUGUAGACUCUGUUUAGGUAUCAUAGGUGCCGAUAGAAAACCAUCUCCUUUAUGUGCAACUAGUGUUCGUCCUAAUGAUACUGUAGAUUAUAAUAGUUCUAGAGUCAGAAGAUUACGUCAAGAUGUUUUAGAAUUUUUAUUGAUCAAUCACCCAAUGGAUUGUCCUUCUUGUGAUCAAGGUGGUGAAUGCGAUUUACAAGAUUAUAGUUAUAAUUAUGGUACUGAUAGAUCUCGUCAUACUUUCUCUUUUAAAAAAGCUAUUUUAAAUAAAGAAAGAGGUGCUAUUGUAAAAACUGUAAUGAAUCGUUGUAUCAAUUGUACAAGAUGUACUCGUUUCUUUAGUGAAGUUAUUGGUAGUACUCUUGUAGGUGUCAUAGGUAGAGGUAUUCAAUCUGAAAUUAGUUCAUAUGUUGAAACUAAUUUUUCUGAUUGUGAAGUUUCUGGUAAUGUUAUAGAUUUAUGUCCUGUAGGUGCUUUAACUUCAAAACCUAAUGCAUUUACAGCAAGACCUUGGAAUUUAACUAAAUUUAAUUCUUUUGAUGCUUUAGAUAGUUUAGGUUCUUUUAUUACAUUACAUUAUAAUGGUGCUGUAAUUUCUAAAGUAACUCCUAGAAUUAAUUAUGAUUUAAAUGUUAAUUGGAUUUCUGAUAAAAUCCGUUAUGUUUUUGAUGGUUUAUAUAAACAAAGAUUAUUAAAACCAUUAUAUCAAAAUAUUGAUCGUUCUUUAGUUGAAGUAAGUUGGACUGAAAUAUUCUUUAGAUUAAAAAAUGAUUUAGCUAAUAAAUUAAUUGAUUUAACUAAUUUUGGUUGUUAUUUUGGUGAAUUAUUAAAUAAUGAAACUAUUUUUACUGCUUCUAAAUUUAUGGAUAUUAUUGGUAAUUCUAACAAAUAUAGUGUACAAGAUACAUUAUAUAUUAAUAAUGAUUUAAAUUCUAAUUAUAUUUUUAAUUCUAAAGUUACAUCUGUUAGUAAUGCUGAUGCUUGUUUAAUUUUUGGUUCUAAUUUAAAAUCUGAAUUACCUGUUUUAAAUUUAAGAUUAAGAAAACAAUAUUUAGCUACUGCAUUACCUAUUGUUAGUUUUGGUGCUAGACAAAAUUUAAUGUAUCCUACUUAUUUUUAUGGUUAUACUUUAAAAUCUAUUAUAAAAUUCAUUGAAGGUAAUAGUCCUUUCUGUAAAGUUUUAUGUAAAAAACAUAAUCCUUUAUUUUUAAUAAAUAUUAGUUUAUUUAAAAAUGAAUCUUUAUAUAAUUUCUUUGAAAAUGUUAAAAGAAUUUUAAUUCAAAAUAUUCCAUCUAUUUCUAAAAAUAAUUUUAAUUAUAUUUAUCCUAAUAUUGAUUUAUAUAAUAAAUUAUUUUUAAAUAUUCAAACUAAAUAUAAAGAAACAAAUUUAAAUAAAUUAAAUACUUUAUAUUUAUUAAAUGCAGAUAAUACUUUUGAUAAUUUAUUUAAAAAUAUUAAUUUAGGUAAUAAAUAUAUAAUUUAUCAAGGUCAUCAUGCAUCUAAAAAUGCUAUAAGUUAUGCAAAAGUUAUUUUACCUUCUAAACCAUAUCUUCAAGAAAUUGGUUCUUUUGUUAAUAUUGAAGGUGAUAUUUUAAAAAUUAAAGAAGUAGUUUAUGAUGAUAAUAUUGAUGUUAAAGAUAAUAUUAUGAUUAUUUAUGGUAUUUUUGGAGCAUUAUUUAAUUCUUAUUGCUCAAAAUUUAAAAAUAUUAUUAGUGAUCAAGUUAUUUAUAAAUUAAAUCCUGCAUUAUUAAGAGAUGAAUACAGUAUUAAAGAUAAUUUAAAUUUAUUUAAUAAUAUUAAAAUUAAAAAUAAUAUUUUAAAAAAUUAUACAAUAAAUUCUACUUUAUAUAAUUUUUAUAAAAAUGAUAAUAUUAGUAUGUCUUCACAAGUUAUGUCUAAUUGUAAUAAAACAUUAGUUAAAAGAUUUAAUUAUUAA